UUCGUGUCAAGGUCACUGGCUUCAUAUAUGUUGCACCACGUUGCCUAACGGGUUGUAGGGUGGAUAUGUUAUUAGUGUGUUUUAAAGUUACUACCAUUUUGAAAUUACUCUCUUAACUAGUAGUAAAUAAUUAAUUCCCGUUAGCUUGAUGAAUAUGAAUCUUAAGACACUUCGUCGUUACUGUUUUUGACACCCAUUCACAUUAAAGGGAAUGAUGCCUAUUGUCAUCACGUAUCCAUUGCGUAAAAAAGAUUUACAUCUAGAGUAUAAAAUAUCAAGUCCACUCUUCAUUCAGAAUACACAGAUGCAAGUACUCAGCGCCGAGAUACAAUCAACGGGAAAAGAAUUCGACAUGAAUCAUUAAUGAUUGAUAUCGAAGUUCUCAUCCCUUGUUUUAAAAUCUGCUUCUCCACUUCUCAUAAAUUGUCAGCAUCUUGAUUUGUGAUCAUCACAUCAAUUAGCCAUUAGAAGGGAUAAGGGUUACCGGCUAUUUGCUGCUCACUAUAGUGGUUUUAAAGCCCACGAUAAUUUUGAUUGUAAAGUGGAAGGGAUAAAUAUGCAGUUAUAGAGAAAGAUAAUUAAAAAGUUGUAGGGGUUUAAAUAGAUCCUCAGAAUGAUAUGCGUUUUUGAUCCCAUGGUUUUAUGCUUUUCUCUUUUCGAAAAUUUAGCAUCACUAGUCUCACUAGUAAUAUAUUGUGGUCGUUUUUCCUACGUAAUUGACUAUGAGCAGAUUUUCUCAGCUUGCUGGGUCUUCUGAUCUACAAAAACAAUCGUGGGAUGUAAAAUCAGCCUCGGAACUCUAUCCGGGGGACGAAAAUAAUUGUUCAAAUUCAAUUAAAAAAUCAAAGGAUAGAAAAUCUCGUGCUUCAAAGCGUUCGACAGAGUCCAUUCAGUCGCGUUCCACUGAUACUACUUUAAAAAACGAUAUCGAUGGUUUGUACAUUGAACCGUGUGGAUUUCGUAAUGUAAGAAAUUCGUGUUUCCUUAAUGCUUCUCUCCAACUCUUACUCAAUAUUCCAACUUUAUGUUCAACUUUGUAUAAAUUUCGCGGUAUAUGCGUUUCUUCAGCUGAAUCCGCUUUCCAUGCUUCAGGCGUUCAAGGAAAGAAAACCCCUUUGACAGAUCAAUUGUUAGAAUUAAUUGAAAAACUCAAUCCACAAGUAGUGGAGAAUGAAACCAUACUAAAUAAUACUUCCCAAUGUUGUAAUGGUUAUGGUAAUAAAAAUGAUAAUAUUGAUAAUAAUGUCAUUCAUGCAAACAAAACAAGAGUGGGCAGCAAUUCGAAUAGUCCUGUUCCCUCGACUUAUAAACUGUCACAGUCCAAUGGUGUACAACCAUUCAUGCCAAAACAUUUGAUUACACCGAACCCAAUUUUUGGGAAAUUGCUUCAUAUGAACACAGGUUUUCAAGAAGAUGCCGCUGAAUGCUUGACUUAUCUGCUUACACAAUUACAUGAAGAACUGGGGUGUACAGCGGUAGCUAAGAGUACAGAUGUACAUCUUUUGAAUGAUACAGAUCAAAGUCAAAAUGAUUCAGAAUGGAUAGUUACUGGUCGAGCUGGCAAACACUUUCCAGAAGCUAGAAAAAUAGAACUUGAUGGUGGUCAAAGUCCUAUUGCUUCAUUAUUUUGUGGUACACUUGUAACUCGUUCUAAUCUAAGCAAAUCAGAUAGUAGUUACAAUGUUCAUAAUUAUUCAACUGUAAAUAGUCAUGCCAAAAAAUCUGCUAUCAAAGAACCAUUUUUCAUGCUUCAUGUACCUAUAGACAAUCCUCUAGUUAAUUCCGUUGAAUCAGCUUUACGGUAUUUAGCUGAACUUGAAGUAAUAACAGAUUAUCAUAAUUCUUCUGAUUCUCAAAUAUCAUUGGUACGUCGUCGAUCAAUGAUAGAUCGUCUUCCACCGUACUUAAUUAUACAAUUGAAACGAUUUUAUAAUGAAUCUAAGGUGAAAAAUGUAUCUGAAAAUACAUCUGUAAAUAAAUUUAACUCUACUACAUCACAAACAUCUGUAAUUAUUCGUAAACAUUUGAAAUCAGUUAAUAUCCAAUCUAAACUUCUUAUACCAAAAGAACUUUUAAAUCAAGAAACACAUUUCAGUCAUUCACAACGUAAUUAUCGUCUUCAAGCUGUUAUAUUUCAUGUUGGUGAAACAGUUGAAUCAGGUCAUUAUACAAUUGCUGUGCGUAUAACUAAUCCCCUGAAAAAAUCAAACAGCAACUCUUCCACAUUUAUCUAUUUUGAUGAUGAUCGUGCUUGUGUGUUAAAUAACGCAGAAAGUAUAAAUCUUCUACUAACCACACAUCAUCCAUUAGAUACAAAAAAUUGUGUAUUCCUUCAUUUGAAAAAACCAAAAACAUUUCAAACUAAUCCUGAACACGUAAUAACAUCAUCAUCAUCAUCUAACCAACAUCACAGUGCAUUAAACGUUUCUAUCAAUCAUCCACGCACACCGUAUAUUCUUCUCUAUGAAUCCCAAAUAGGAGUUCAUUCGGACACAUGAUGAUGAUGAUGAUGUGUACAUGUCACUGAAUCAUUUUCUGUGUGUAUGUGUAUGCUGGCAUUUCAAUUAUUCUUUUCCUUUCUUUUUCUAUGGUUUUGAUUUUUCUAUUGUUUGAUUGUGUAACUUUUUAUUUUUAGCAAAAACUCUGAAUUAUCAUUCUUUUUCCUAUGAAAAUCACUUGUAGACGAUGUUUUAUUUUUCUUACCAUAGUUUUUGUAAAAAUCUUUUCUUGUUUUCUGUUUGUGACAAGUUUCGUAAGGAGACCGCAGGGGGGGGUGGUUAACAAUAAGGAACCAUUGCGUGAUUGCAUUACAUUUGUAAUUAAAUGAGUAAAUUAUUCAACAGUACAUGUAGAAUUUUGAUACAGUAGUGGGCCAAUCAGAAGUCAUCAAAUGAUGUGUGCACAUGAUCGUCCAAGAAAUAGCUUUAGUUUUUAAUUGAUAAAAUAUAAACCAUUGAUAGGCUUGAUUACCUAAGAGACAGACGUAUGUGUAUGCUAAUGAGUACACAUACAUGUUAUUUGGUUCAGCCAAUUAAACUUUUUCUUACUAUUCAUCUUUCCUCUUGAGUAACAGGGCUUGUGUGUAGAAAGUGUAUCAGCAUUGAUUCUCUGUCAGCGCGUGUUAUAGCCAAUUUAUUCUAUUGUUGUUAACAAUAGUAUUCUUUUAUUAAAGGGUUGUAAUCUCUCGUUGUUGAUGUUCAGGACUGUAACUGAUCAGUGUUUGUUGUCAUAUUUGCGUUCUGAGCAAAUUGUCUUUUUAUGGUGCUUUAGUUUACUUGGUACUUGGAUAGUUGGAGAAUUCAGGAUGAGGGUUUUAGUUGGGUCUCAGCAACUGGACGUUCUAGUGUUCUUUUAUUUGUUAUUUGAGUAGUUCUGAUGUAACUGUUCGAGGCCGGUCACGCACAAGGUGUUUGCGGAUAGUUUUAAGUGUGCUAGUUCCGUACUUAUAAGAUCUUACCAUAGACGACGGAAAUCCUUUUGGCAAGGUGUGAUGUGCUGUUUUCAGGGCCUUCCCAGUCCUCUCCCGUUUUAGAAAGGCAGCAUAUCUGUAAAUGUUGGUUGAGAUAAAAAACUUUCUACCGACACAAUCCUAUGUACUCAGCAGUACGACUCGACCUGCGAACCACGAGUUUGUUGCGUUUAGUUUCACUGCUCUUCAACCAACCUGCUUGGUAUGGUAGUUUCUAAAGGUAUAAAUAUCUCAACGAUUAUAACUGGACUGGGUCAUUACGAACUCGAAACCCAACUUCCACGUCAGGGUAGUUGGUAUCA